AUGAUCGAAAAUAUAUCUGAAAGCGAUUUAAUGCAGUGGCAGAAUUCAUCAACCGGUAAUUUCGUGGAAAGUCUGAAACGAAUUAAUGGUAGUUUUGAAAAAUAUCACGAAUUUGGUCAUGUUGAUAUCGAUACACGGCGUCGGAUACUAUCUAUUUUCUCUGAGCGUUUUCAAGAGUCGUCAGUAAUUCGUCAACAGAUUCUUCGCUUUUUACGGAUUUUAGCGCGCGAUAGGCAAAAUCUAGAUCAUUUGUUGUCUUCCAGCUUGGUACAGGAUGUACUUAACAUUGCUCUUCUGGCUGAACAGUCUUUUGAAUUUGAUUGGGAGGCAUUCAUUCAGGCUGAAAUGUGUCUCAUCAAUAUACUUUUCAACAGUAACCUUGCGAGAAAUGAGUUUAAUGAUAUUGCUUCAAAUCUGCUACUUAAUCGAAUCAGAAUUUUGAGCGAGACUCCGAGAAUUUCCUUUAUGCAGCGGGAAGUCCCGGUUACAGUCCAGGAUGUUGCCAUUUUUACAGAAUCGAAGAUUCCUGAAUUUCCGGUGAAAAACUUAAAUAAUGAACAGAUAGAUUUGGUUACUUCUUACGACCUCCGUAUUGCGUUUGUUGCAAGUGCACAAUCUAAAGAUUUACAGUUGCGGUGGUUAAAAAAUGGAUGUGAAGUUUUUCUGAAAGUACUUGAACGAAGUUUAUGUUUUCCUGAACGACUGAGGCGGGAUUUGCAGUGGAAAAAUUUUGUAGAACAUACAAACUGGGCGCUAAAAGUUUUGUUCAAUAUAUUUUGCUACUCAUGGGAUGAUUCUGUGCAGUCAAAUGCAAAGCAAUGCAUGGUAUUAUGCUCGAGAAUUAUAACCAUAAAAAACAUUGAUCCAUCACUUGAACAAUCCGCAGUAGAUGUAAUUGCAGUAUUACCAUUGUCCUUCGAAUUGUUAACACCGAAGCUACAGCAUAUAGAGCAGAAAGACACAAAUAUAAUCCAUGACGGUCGUGACAUGACUUUUGCAGAUGCUGUACUUCAUGCGCUAGAACGACGCUUGGAAGCAGAAAGCAGUGAAAGAAACGAGCUCCUUGGUACUUUUUUAACUGUUUUGAUACGUCUAAGUUCUCAAGUGAAAGAGGCACGUCGUUAUUUACGUUUACUGGUUAUUCCACCACUUCAUGCUACCGAUGUUGAACGACGACCAGAUGACGGUGCUGAACUACGUAAUCGUAUGAUUCGCUUAAUGAUGAGCAUUUCGAAUACUCAGGACUUGGCAGCUGAAUUCAUUUUCAUCUUAUGUAAGAAAAGUGUUAAUCGUUUCGUCAAAUACUGUGGUUUUGGACAUGCGGCUGGUUUAUUGGCUAAUCGAGGCAUCUUGAAUGCUUUGAAUACCUCGAAGCAUCAGUCGGAUAGCGAGGCUUCAGAAACAGAAGAUUAUAAAGCAGUUGAAACACAAGUAAAUCCAGUAACUGGUUGUAUUGAACCUGCGGGAGAAAAUCCGUUUACUGGAAUGACUGAGGAGCAAAAAGAAUACGAGGUACAUCGACUGAUGAAUGAUAUUAAUAAGCUGAUGAAUCAAGGACUGAUAACUCCGGGACGGGUUGGGAAAGAUGGACAAUUAGAGCCUGUAAAGCAUGUGCUGGAACUUGUCAAGGAUGAUGAUGCCGAACCUGAUAAAAGUGACAGUGAGGAUGGUGUUGGAUCCUAA